UUUUAUUUCAUAAAAUAAUUAAUUUCAUUCAAGAUUUUUAAGAACAUGUGUCAUUUUCAGCAUUCUUUUAUCUUAGAAAAACAAGUUACACUUUGACUAGCUUAAAGCCAUAAGGUUAAGAAGUUUUGUACAUAUUCACACAUUUUCUGGCGAUGUGAAAUUCUGAUUUAUUUACUGACAAAUAACAUUUACGCAAAGCCACGCAAUUUGAUUAAGAAUAUCUUCUGAAGUCUACUUCACUCAAUUAGUGUCAGUCCAUCGGAUUAAGGUUCUUUGUUAAGAUUGGUAUUUUUCUAUCUUUCGGGUGCGAGGCCCCCGACAGGUAAAUCAUUGUGUUCACCUUUGAUAUGUUUACAUUUUACCCUGUAUGUGCCUUACCUUGACCAAGUGAUUUUUUGAGUUGAAGCCCAGCGCGUCACUUUUGCUGGACACUUCGAAAAAUAAAAGACGUAUAUUUUAUUUCAACGACUUGGUCAUAUUUUACAGGUAGGCAAUAUUUUAUAUUACUUUUAUAAUUAUGCUUUGAUUGUACAUAUGUUUUAUAUUUCAUGAUCUCAGGGUAAAUGUGUUCAAAUUAAAUAUGUUUUUGUAGCAAAUUGAUGUAGACCAGUACUUUAUCUUAUUUGAUUUUCUUUGUUCUUGUUAGAUUUAGUCAUUUACUUAAUUUCGAAUGUAUGUCGUAGAAAUGCGUAUCUCAAUGAAUUUAGAUUUACAAAUGUUAACAUGUAUCGAUUGAAAAUGAUCUAUUAUUAUUACUAAAGUUAUUUUCUUUAAAUUUCUCAGUAACGCCAAAUUACAAUUUCUAUAAAUCUAUGUAUAGAGCACUUUUCCGGAAGUUUAGAUGUCACAUGACCAGUUCUAAAUUUACUUUCGCCUUUGUUUACUUGGGUUCACUUCCGCCCAAAGUGGAAAUGCCUCGGCACAAGAAAAACUUUGUUAAACUCUUUCAUUAACUUUGUUAACUUUAACGGGAUGAUGAUGUAUUAUUAUCAACACCCCAAAUUUCAACAUGACAAGUUGGUGGAUGAAUUCCCAAAGUUCCUAAUGAAGAGCAGACCUGUAAAUUACAUGUACUACCUGCGAGACAGACAAAACAAAGACCAAACUCCAUCGCAAAACAGUGUAUCUAAUCCCGAACAACCCAGCACUGGUCAAGAAGUCAUUUAUCCAAUGAGCAGCUCCGAACAACUGGAGAACCAAAGUAUAAAUACAGAAUCUGACAACACCAGCGAAACAGAAGAAUUACAUAUAGAAAUAAUAGAAGAAACAACAGACAGUGCUAUUACUGAAGCAACAGCAUCCAACACCGGAAUCAGUGAAAGCUCAACUCAAAACACUAGCCAGAUUCACACCGAAAGUGACACUGAAAACAUCGCCGACAAUACUGCAUAUUUAAGUGAAAGUGUGAAUAAUAUCCAGAACAAAAUGGCCACAGGAAUUAAUUUAAAGAAAUUCAGUGGAAGUGAAAAUGUUCAUGUGUGGCUGUCAAAUUUAGACAGCUGGCAAAAAUUUCAUAAGGUGACAGACAAUGAAGCACUAUUAGCCAUUGGGUGCAGCCUUGAAGGUCAAGCAGAGACCUGGCUACAAACACUGACAACCCAACAACGCACUAACCUUAAAGACUUUAAAGACUGCCUGAAAAGUAGAUUCGCACCUCAGGAAACAAAUUUUUCCUUACUCUCCAUUAAACAACAACAUGGAGAAUCUACUGACACAUAUCUCUCGAGAGCAGAGAAAACUGCCUUGGGACACGACCUGCCUGAGAUUUAUAAAGUUCAGUUUGUUAUUCAGGGACUUGAAAAACAAAUAAAAGAAAAGGUUCUUUCAAAGGAACCAAAGACGUUCCAACAGUUGCGCCAUGCAGUUUCCCUGGCAAAUGCACAGAUUGAGUGCAGGACAGAAAAUGACAACAGUCUAAAUCUAAUCGCCCUCGCCGCUCAGUUAAAAGAGUCGCUCAAGGAAGAAAUCAAUGCCUUGGUACCGAACAUCCCACAGACACAAAAGAAAAGUGGAUGGAAAAACAAAAAACAAACAUUUGGACAAUUUCAAGCCAAUCCGCAAUUUCAGCCGCCUGUGAACUUUGUGCCCUCUGUGCCGAACAAUGCGUGGACCAAUCCCACUUAUGCUGUGCCGCCUCAAAAUUUCCAACAGCAACCGCCAAUGCAGCAGAUGCAGACAGCGCCAAUGAGACAGAAUGGUCAAGGAAUGGGUGGAGGAUGCAAGGGAUGCGGUAAGUCUUGCUAUCCCAGAUUUAAUUGCCCUGCUUAUAAUGUACAAUGUUUUAAUUGUGGUAAAAUGCGUCACUUUGCGUCUGUCUGUCAGUCACCAAAAACAAGACCACACUUCUCUGGCACCACUCACCCACAAAACCCAACAAACAAUCAAACAUGCUAGGGAAACGCGCCUAUCCU